AUAGUAUGAUAGACUUUGGUAAAGAAUUAACCUCAAAGCAAAAAGAAAUAAUAAAGGCGAUAGAAACCUCUGAUUAUUCGUACUUGAUGGACUUAGGCAUACUGGAACCCAACGUGCUCAACUAUAAUUUCACAGUUGAUGAAAUAUCACCCUUGAUUUGAGCAGUCACUAAGGGAAACCUUGGAAUUGUGCAGAUGAUUGUUGCUAGUUCUACUCUGAACAUAAACUACAAGGAUGCAUAUGGGUUUAAUGCUCUACAUUAUGCAGCACAGUAUGGACAUCUCUCCAUCUUCAAGUUUUUAUACAGAUAUGGAUGAAGAUACCUGUGUUCGAAAAUUUCUAAAAUCAUGCCUUUACAUCUAGCAUGCAAAAAUGCUCAUGAAGAUGUUGUGGAUUACAUUCUUGAGAAUGUAGAGCCUUGUCUCAUUAACAGGCAAAGAGACAACGGUCUCACUUGCUUAAUGUAUGCAUGCAUGGCAGGACACAAAGAAAUUGUAAAAUAAAUUACUUGAAAAUGAGGCAGAUCCGCUUCUUAAGACUCCUAAAAAUACCACAGCUCUUUAUCUUUCAGCAAAGAAAGGAAAUGCCGAAUGCAUUUAUCACUUGCUCAAAUGAGAAGGAAUCGAUAUAAAUGAGAAGUGAGAUAACUCUGAGUCUACCCCUCUAAUGGCAGCUUGACUAAACGCUAAGAUAGAUGCAAUAAAACUUCUUACUUUCAAAGGUUCAGAUAUAUUAAUCCGGAACCGAAACGAUGAGACUGCUCUCGACUGCGCAGCACUUAGUGACAACACUAGAGCUUUCUUAAGGAUGAUUGAGAAAACUAUUAAACUUAACCAGAAUGAAAAUGAAGAUGAAUUCAAUAGUAUUUUUAACUAUGAGAACAAAGUCUGUGGGCUCACUCUACUCACAAGGUUAAUACUUGAUGGAAGAUUAAAAGUAGCGAAAAUUCUUUACAACAGUAAAAUUAAAGUGGAUUACCAACACUCUGCUGAUGGAGAUACAGCUCUUCACAAAGCUAUAAAAGCGAAGAACAAGAAGGCUAUAGGCUUUUGCUUGUACAUUGGAUGAAGCAAAACUCUUAAGAACAAUAAUGGUGAAUCCUUUGAGACUUUUAAAGAAAUUCCAGAAUACUCAUAUCUCGAAACAAUAGAGAAGAAGAUCAAAUUUACAAAAGUCAAAGCAAGAAAGAGUAUACACAAAAUUCACAUGAGCAGAGUUAGGAGGAAGUCUCAGUAUAUCGAGGCUCCCCAAUUUAAUAGCAAAAGCAGCCACUUUUCCCUAAAGAUGAAUGCUCGAGCUAUUAAAAACAGAAGCGUUCAAAGGGAAAAAUCAGAAGAUGGAACUUUAAAACCAAAUUCAGUACUACCACCAGAUGAUGGUCAUGAUGGGUUCAUCAGGAAUCUUUCUACCAUUAAAGAUGAAGAUGAAUCUGUGUCAACAAGGAAGAAUUCAAGUGUUAAAAAGCCUCGGAAGACAGCUUUACCUCAUGUCACUUUUGAUACCAAGGAUGGUACACCAAUAUCUAGUAGCCGGAGAAGCAGUCGAGUCAGUACUUCCUCAAAGAGAGAAAAUAAGAAAUUUAUUUUUGAAACUGUUUCUCCCCCAAUGCUUAAUUCUCCUAAGAAUUUUACUAAAUUCUCAUCAGAUGUAGAAGGCGCUACUGAGGAGUAUAAAAAGAAAAUCAGUGAGCAGAAUGCUAGAUUAAGAGACUUGCAAAAAGGAUAUAGAAGAACUAAAAAGUUAUAACUCCAU